AUGUAUGUGUUUGCCACUGUUAGCAUGCUGAGGGCUGAAAAACUUGACUUUUCCCACACAGAUGAUGACUUUCUUAUCAAAAUAAACCUAACCAAGCAUUUCCUGAUCGAGGUUGUUUGUAACGACCAGCUAUGGAGUGAGGUCCCCAUCAAGUGCAACACUGAUGACAAAAUGGAGGACCUUAAGAAGCUGAUUGCAGCCCAAAAUGGCACCCAUUGGAAGAAGAUCAUCCUGAAGAAGUGGUACACGAUUUUUAAAGACAACAUGUCUCUGGGGGAAUAUGAAAUCUAGGAUGGGAUGAACCUGGAGCUGUAA